AUGUCUGGGUUGCAAGAGAUUGAUUUUAGUUGGAAUAAUUUGUGGGGAGGCAUUCCCUCAAAUAUAUGUCAUGGCCUUGCAAAUGUACAAGCUUUCGAUCUUCAAGCCAACAAAUUAUUUGGAGCUAUACCAUCUGAUUGGACACAAUGCAAGGAACUCAAAGAGUUACAAUUAGGAGACAACUUCACAGGAAAUAUUCCUCAAACAAUCGGUGGCCUCACAAACUUGAAAAUUAUAUAUCUUCGUGCUAACAAGUUGUCUGGCCAGAUACCAAGGAGUAUUGAAAAUUUGACAAAACUUCAAGAGCUAGACCUUAGUAGAAAUAACAUUGAAGGAAAUAUUCCUCAAACAAUUGGCGACCUAUCAAACUUGAAAAUUAUAUCUAUAGGUGCUAACAAGUUGUCCGGCUAA